AUGGCCGUUAUACUGCCAGAUGAGGUCAUCUACCACAUUUUUUCAUACCUAGAUCCUCGAUCACUCGGCAUCGCCUUGCAAUGCAGCAACACUUUCUAUCGAAUAGCCACAUCAUCCGCUUUAUGGGAGCAACCCUACUUUCUACGAUGGACCUCUGGAGACCCGAAACGAGAGGAGCAACGAGGCACCAACCAGUGGCGGCGUCAGAAGAAAUUACGGCGGCUCGAAGAGCACGCGCGGCGAGCAGCAACAGAGAAACAACUGCCGCUCGCUUCAGAGACGGAGUCGCCGUUUCGCUACCUGCAGCUUGUCGAUCGGUUAACGACGCAGCCAAGUGAUGGGUCACUUCCAGCUCCUGCCAAGAUAGACUUUUAUCGACUUUUUGUUGAGAGGAUACAAAUCGACCAGGAGGUCAUCGACACGCUCUACCAACAAGUCGAGGCAACCCACGGAAGGAUUCCAGCCAUCACGUCACUGGCUCUGCGCUUUGCUAAUGACACGACGGAUGUGCUGACAGCCAUAGUUGAGGCUCAGUCCAGCUGCCCUUCCUGGAGCCCCAGUGGACUCACUUCUUCAUCAAGGAGCGCUGCUUCGAAUGAAAACUCAGGCAAGGACGCCCUGGCAUAUGAUUCGACAGGGUACCGUCUGAAAGCAUAUCACGCGCAUCUUCCCACGACCCUUCGCUCCGACACUCACCAUCUGGUCAUUCUUCACCAUGCCAGGGAAAUGCUCGAGCAUCAACAGCGACGAGAAGCUAUGCAGAUCAUGAAAAAGCUCUCCGUUGAUGCAGCAGAAGACAACCAACCAGGAUCGUUAGACCACUUCGAACCAUCAGCCACGGAGAAAGCAGUAUCGAUGCUCACGAUGUUCCGUGGAGGUGAAGCAAAAUAUGUCGAAGCACAAAUCGAUCUUCUCGCAGCAGCUUGCGACCUCUACCUCCAGCAGCGCCUCCCCAUACUAGCGGAACAAGAGACUCAAAGGGCUAGCACCCUUGACAAGGCCAAAGAGAUGACGACGGCAAUCUGCGACUUCCUUGCCGACCACGGCUUCCGUGGUGCACAAGGCGACCUUUUCUCAGACCUCGACAACCAUUUCCUCCAUCGCUGCUUCACCACCAAUCGCGAGACCUUACCUCUCAGUCUAACACUGAUCUUCUGCGGCGUUGCUAAUCGUCUUGGUCUCCAAGCAUCGCUGUGCAACUUCCCGAUGCGGAUCCUUGCUUUCGUUUGUGCCAAUCCUACGGGUCCUUGGCCCGGGCCAGAAGAUUCUCUGACAUCAGCACCGCACGGACUGUUCUGGCUGGACGUAUGCGAGUACACUACCGUCGCAUACGAUGCUCACGAACCAACUCCAACAGACCCCUUCGCAAGACGCCCAUCUUGGCUGCAACAGCGACCACCCAUCUUGGACAGAGCUGACCUGACAGAGUGGAUCGGUCGAAUGGGGAUUCCUCCCACAGACGAUUUCUGGUGUCCAGCGGCACCGAGUAGUAUGGUUCAACGAGCAGCAAGGAAUAUCUUGAGCAGUGUGCAACGGGCUCAGAUCUUGCCAAGAACUAUGCAGCUUGGAGGGCAGGCAAGAAGUGCAAUCCGCAAUAUGGAGCUCAAUCGUCGAUCUUCUCGUUUGGAACAGCAAUGGUCUCAGCUUGUACGAGUUGAUCAUUCCUUCCUCAGCUCUUUGCAUGGGCGGACGGAUGCGGCCGAACAUGAGGCUAUGACCUCUCGAGUAGCAGCAGCACUCGAAUCAGAGGCAGAUAUCGCUGAAGACGAGACAGUAUGGAACAUUGUUCGAAGCUGGAGAUCCGAGUCAAUGCGCAGCCUUACUUCAGCUCCUGAUUCCUGGAUCAAACUAGCAAACACACCAUCGGAGCUGUUUAGGGAAUGGAUGCAGCACCGAGCAGCAGACAACGAUUGGACUCGGGUACGCGAUCACCUGCAUCGCAGAGCGGAUCAUUGGUCAGAACACGAACAGCAGGCAGCAAAGUAUGCGGCUGUGAAUGCGUUUUUGAGGCUGAGUACGCAGGUGAAUGCGAGAGAGGUGGAUUGGAUUGCUGGAUUUCUGCAGAGUUAUUUCAUGUUGGAUGUUGAGGUGAUUGAGACGGAUUUCCUCGGUGCUUCACAAGCAGAUUCGACGAACAGCAUGGACGAGGAUGGCGCGGAUAGCGAGGGGAGUGAGAGUAGCGUCGAAGGAGGGUUUUCCAUCAGAGAAGCUAGAGAAGGAACUCCGAGAGAGGGGUUGGUGACGAAUCCAAGCGCAAGAAUCGUGCUUGCUAGGAUGCUGCAAGCUGUAAGAGCGAAGGAUAGCGAAGUGCCUAGAGUGAACCGACGAUCUGGACCUGAGUCUAGGCGGCAGCGACAAUGCCGAGCCUCAGUCACUUCACCCACAGAGCAGCAAGAAGAUGAUACAGGCGAAGAGGAAGAUCUGAUAAGUUAUCGAGUUGGAACGAUCUUUCGCCACCGCACGUAUCAUUACGCGGGAGCAAUUCUUGGGUGGGACCCCUACUGUGCAGCCCCAGAAGAUUGGAUUGUCAAUAUGGGUGUUGAUCGUCUCCCCGCUUCAUCUGGUGCUAGGAGAGGAGGUCGACAUCAACCAUUCUAUCAUUCGCAAGUAGCUGAUGGUACACGACGCUACGUUGCUGAAGUUAAUGUAGAGCCUGUUAGUGGUCCGAUCUGGAUAUAUGGUACUCCCUCCACCACCACUUCAGGAGAUAAAGGGGAGGUGCCAGAAGAAAGCCGGGCGUUGGGUGCAUCUUUGCAUGCAAUGUUACAAUUGCGAGGAUUGGGAGAGUAUUUCAGAUGCUUUGAUCAGGAGAGGGGAAGGUUGAGGAGGAACAGAGAUGCGAGGGUGAUGUUUCCUGAUGAUUGGUCUGACGAUGACUUCGACGAUGAAGAUGAGGAGAAGGCGGAAGAGAGGGAAGUAGAGGGAGAGAUGGAGUUAGAGAGAUUGAGCGAGGAUGGAAGUUGGUAG